CCGGGCGGGCGCGGAGGGAGCGCGGGCCGAGGCGGCGCGGCGGCCGCGGACUCUUUGCCCGCCAUGUCCACCCCGGCCCGGCGGCGGCUGAUGCGGGACUUCAAGAGAUUGCAAGAGGACCCUCCUGUGGGUGUCAGUGGUGCACCAUCCGAGAAUAAUAUAAUGCAAUGGAAUGCAGUUAUAUUUGGGCCAGAAGGGACACCUUUUGAAGAUGGUACUUUUAAACUAGUAAUAGAAUUCUCUGAAGAAUAUCCAAAUAAACCUCCAACUGUUAGGUUUCUAUCCAAAAUGUUCCAUCCAAAUGUGUAUGCCGAUGGCAGCAUAUGUUUAGAUAUCCUUCAGAACCGCUGGAGUCCGACAUACGACGUUUCCUCUAUUUUAACUUCAAUUCAGUCUCUGCUUGAUGAACCCAAUCCAAACAGUCCAGCAAACAGUCAGGCAGCACAGCUUUACCAGGAGAACAAACGGGAAUAUGAGAAAAGAGUUUCAGCCAUUGUGGAACAAAGUUGGAAUGAUUCGUAACAGCUGCUGUGUUACUCUCCAUCCUCAUAAUCCUUAUGUACAAUUUAACUCUCAGUAGAAAGGCUACCAGAAAUUUCAAGUGCCACAGUUCUAUGAAUUUGCAUAAAACCUCAUUUGCAAACAAAAUUAAGCCCUCCAGUUUAGGAAAGCUAAAAGCUUGUGUAUCUCGAUUAACGUCCUUUUUAUUGCAUGAUAUGAACUAAGUUAUUGCUACAUAAAUUUGUAAUAUAUCCUGUUUGUAUUUUUUUUCCAAGUGUAUAAUGUUGGUGUGGAGUUUUCAUGACAGAAUAUACACAUUUUGUAAAUCUGUACUUUUUCAAAUAUUGAAUGCCUUAUUUUUGAAUUCUUUAGAUUUUUAAAUUGGAGAAAAGCACUUAACAAAGUUUUUAUAUAUGAAUAUUUCAUGUAAAACUGUUAAAUACAUAACCUUAGUGCAAGACAUUCUGCUCUCACUCU